GUUCAUUUUAUAAAUAACUUCAAUGUGUUCGGUCGCGCUGUCGGGAAAUUAUCGAAAUUACCAAAGAACCCAAUGAGUUAAUAAGUAAAUAUUACAAUUUGCUUUUAUUCAUAUAUAGUUGCAGCCGAUCGUGUACAAUGCGGGCUUAAAUAUACCUGAUAAAUUAUUAUAAGCGUGUGCUUUAUUGUCGAUGCAACAGCAAAUAAGUGGCAAAGAAUGAGAGCGCAAAGCAGAUGGCAAAGAGCGUCGCGCCGCAUUGGUGUUGGUUUUAUGUGCGUGUGUGUAUGUGAAGUAGAAAGCGGCGGUAAAAACUUGUAAAAUCCACACGUAUUAUACAUACAUAUAAUAAAAUUAAAUCUUUUUUAAUACCGCCAAAAUCGAUUUCAUCGUCAAUUGGAAUUUUAAAUAAAUCAGGCCUAUUGCACUGUAGAAUCUGCAAGUCAAAACAAAACAACCGUGAAACGUAGCCGAAAAACGCCUGCGUGCUUGUAUGUGUGUACGAGCGUAAUAAGAAAGACCCAUAGCAAAAAAGGCGAAAGAAAAAUAGUGCAUACGAAAAGCAGGCGCAAAACGCAAUUGAUGAAAUUUGUGAUUAUCACAAAUUCGUAUUAACAAAUGGUUGAAUAAUAUCUAAACCAAGGGUUUAAAACUAAAUAAAAAAUAAAAAUAUAUACAACAACUUAUUAUAUAUAUAUAUAUGCAAAUAAUAAAACGCAUGGCAUCCAACAUCUUUAAACGUGUUCAAACAUAAUUGUGCUUAAGUGUUGUUGCCGACAUAUUUGCGCCUUUUAUUGCUCUGAGCCGACACGCGCUCAUCUCUAGUCCAAACUGUACCAUAUUGUUGACUAACUGGCAGACUCGCAUGAGAGAGAGAGAGCGCGCGUAAUAAUUUUCGAUUGCACUCUACAGCUCCCACUCGCCCGUUCGGCUCCUAAGCGACAUGUUAAUCAGCUGCUGCAAAUCGCCCUAAACAGUUAUUGCAAUUAGCAUCUACAACUUGCAACGUAAAGCGUAAUACGCCGAAGAGAUUCUGUCACUUAAAAUGAGUCGCCUACAGAAACAGCAAUCACAACAUCAGCGCAACCAGUGCGAAAUUAUAAGUAGCAACACCAGCGGUGCAAAGAGCAGACGAAAACAACCGCCGCCAGCACCUCCGCUAGACGAUAGUGAAAUGCGUUCAGCACAGCUCGUCAAUGGACACACGAUGACGGCCAACGGUAAUAGUAAGACGACCAAACGACGACGACAGAGUGACGAUGAGCCCUUGCAGCACUUGACCAACGGAGUCAGCAGCAAAAAUCCGAAAUUGAAGCAUCAGCAAAACGUCGUGGAGACAAGCAGCAGUUCUGGGUCCUCCAGUGGGCAGCGGAAAAUGAACAACGGCAAAGCUAUGAACCACAACAAUAACAACAACAAUAAUAAUAACAACAAUAAGAAACAGAACAACAAUGUUAGCAACGCAAACGGGAGGCAAUACAGCAACAACAAUAAUAACAAUAAGAAGAAAAAGCCAAACGUAAAUACCAAUACAGCAACAACUACACGAAUGGAAUACAGUUACCGUAAAAACAUAUCCACAAUACCGACGCCGCCCUCGCCAGCCUCACCGGCCUCUCCGCCGCCUCAGAGUGCUGUGGCAGAUGUUGUAUGUAUUUCGGAUGCGGAGAGCGACGAGAAUGAAUGCAUCGAAUAUUACGACCAAGAAACGGAGGAGGAUAGCGACCUGGAAAUCGAUGAAUCGCCCACCACUAGCAACAUCAGGAAACCCAAAAACAACAACAAUGCGGCAGCGGCUGCAGCUGCAGCGGCGGCGGCAGCAGCAGCAGCAGCAAAAAAAGCAGCUACGCAACCCACAACAUAUGCAAUGCCAACUAGCAACAGCACGCCAUUGGAUCUAGAAAAUGAGGGGCAUCAACGGGAUUUGGAGAACGUGACCGACCUGCGUUCCUAUGUCAAACUUUAUAGCGAUGAGCGCGUGAGUUUAAACGACUUUAAAAUCAUUCGCGUGCUUGGCACGGGAGCUUAUGGACGUGUUUUCUUGGUGCGUAAACUGACCAGACACGAUGCAGGCAAAUUGUAUGCCAUGAAGGUUCUCAAUAAGAUUACAGUAGUGCAAAAGCGCAAAACGGCUGAGCAUACAAAAACUGAGCGUAUGGUUCUCGAAGCGGUGCAGCGCAGUCCGUUUCUGGUUGGCUUACACUAUGCAUUUCAGUCAUCAUCGAAGCUCUAUCUAGUGCUGGACUUUGCCAAUGGCGGGGAACUUUUCACACAUCUCUACCAUGCGGAGCAUUUUGAGGAAUCGCGUGUACGGGUUUACAUUGCUGAGGUGGUACUGGCGCUGGAGCAGCUGCAUCAGCUGGGCAUUAUAUACCGUGACAUAAAAUUGGAGAAUAUUUUAUUGGAUGGCGAUGGUCACAUUGUGUUAUCCGAUUUCGGCCUGUCCAAAAUACUCACCGCCGAGAAUGAAUAUCGUGCACACAGCUUCUGCGGCACAUUGGAAUAUAUGGCUCCAGAGAUAAUACGGACUGGGCCCCCGGGUCAUGACAGUGCUGUCGAUUGGUGGUCGGUCGGUGUGCUGACAUUUGAGCUGCUGACGGGCGCCUCACCAUUUGCUACCUCGGAUGGCCAGAGUCAGCAAUCAGAGAUUUCACGUCGCAUACAAAAGGAACAGCCGUUGAUACCAUCGUCAUUUAGCGCAAAUGCCCGGGACUUUGUGCUCAAGAUGUUAGAGAAGAAUCCAAAGCGUCGACUAGGCGGCAAUCAUCGGGAUGCCAGCGAGAUCAAAGACCAUCCGUUCUUCCAUGGCAUUAACUGGCAGGAUCUGCGCGCUAAACGCCGCAAAGCACCUUACAAGCCAACACUCAACGCCGAGGACGAUGUGCAGAACUUUAGUAACGAGUUUACGGAUCAGUUGCCCGAGGAUCCCGAAUGUGAUGCACCGCCCGCACGCAUACAACUGUUUCGCGGCUAUACAUAUGUGGCGCCUGAGCAUUUGGAGCAAAUGCGACGCGACAAUCUCUGCCAGAUUGAGUACUGCAAUCCUAAUUUGCAGAAUAUACCUUCACGACCAGAUGAUCUUGAGUUGGGCACGCAGACUGUAAAGGGCUCCUAUGGCACCUGCUAUUUUGUGGUGGACGCUUCGGAUAUUGUGUUUAUGGCAAAGGUCAUACCGCUGUCCAAGUUUCGGGCCUCCGAAAUAGAUGCACUUACAUCAUGCGCCUUGGACUCGCACUGUCACCAUAACAUUGUGAACUAUCAUGGCACGUUCCGUGACAAGUGUGAGGUGUGGAUAAUCCAAGAGUAUCUGUGUGGCGAGGAGCUGGCCGCUUAUCUACAGAGCACAACGCUCGACGAGAACAGCUGCCGUGACAUCUUUCUGCAGCUAGUACAGGCUGUGCAGCAUGUGCACUCCAAGCAUUUCAUACACGGGGAUAUCAAGCCGGAGAACAUAGUGUUUGUGAGCCGUGACAGCAUGGAUGUAAAACUGGUGGACUUUGGCAAUGCCUGCUACAAUAGUCGCUUCCAGAGCUGGCGGGACAAGCCGCGCUAUACGUUAGACUAUGCGCCGCCGGAGCUUUUGAAGGAUCCCAAUGUAGUUACAUAUUCGCCAGCUGUGGAUGUUUAUGGUCUUGGCGCGACGCUCUACACAAUGUUUAUGGGUCAUGCGCCCUAUCGCCUCUACCUGGGUGACUGUGAUCAUGGCCCCGACGUGCAUCAUAAGCUGCGUAAACGCAUGGAGAAGGAGUCAUUCAAUCAGCGCUCCAAGCGCUGGGUAAACUCAAGCUUGGAGCUCAAACAAUUGAUCAGCUGGUGCCUACAGAAGGAUCCAGCAAAACGGCCCAAGUUGCGCGAUAUAAUGGACAGCGAUUGGGUGCAACAGAAUAACGAUCCCGAUGUAGACAUAAUACCACCGCCCGAACAGGUUGUGGUCGACUUGAGCGAAGACACCAUGGAGCAGCCAGUUGAGUUGUCCAUCAAGCAGGAACACCAAAAACAGUUGAUUCUCAUUAUGGAACAAAGGUCGGCCGCAGAGAUGCGCAUUGGUGCUGAGUUAUCUGUCGGCGAGUCUGCUGAGGAGCUGCCAGCGGAUCAGACGUCCAACGAGGAUGUUAUGCAGGGCGUUUUUGAUCCGGACUUUGAGGCGCUCACCGACUUCCAUGGCUUUGAUGAACUUGCGCCGCCACUGCGACUGCCCUCUGAGUAUUAUACUGAGCUGCCGCUCCCACAUCCACACGAGUGCAAUGUUAUUAACAAUCCAGAGCCCGCAGCCCUUAUGCUGCCACCACCUGCUGCACGUCCGGUGCGAGCGCUACCUACAAUUGUCUCGCCGGCUGAAGCAAAUAAACGACCACGCACUCGCCAACAACGCCGAACUGAACUGCGACAAACAGCGGAAACGCUGCCGGAGCAGGAGGAUUCAAAGGCUGGACUGUACCGGUUGAUACAGCAGCUGCCACCACUGGUGGAUGUGUUGCCUGUGGCCAAGCCAAGUGCAUCGCCCACGAACAGCCGGCGCUCGCCGCGUCCUCUGAACGAUCUUUGUGGCUUUGGCAAGGCGAAACACACAUGGCGCAAAUCGCGCGCCAGCUGGCGUCACUUCUGUCUGCUGCUCAAUGGUGUCCAGCAGGUGCUCAAGCAUCGUUUCAAGAAGGAGCGACGCGUCUACUGCGGGGUAACAAUCAAAGCAGAGCGCCUGGACGAGGCGUACGAGAAGCCAUUGAUAUUCCCGCGACCACGGCCACCGGCGCAGCGCAAGGCCAAGCGACAGCCCAAAGUGCCACGUCCACCCACACGUGUGCAGCCAGAGCGAGCGCGUGCGCUGCGCCAGCGCUAUGUGUUUGAAUGACACUCACUGGAACCGAAGGUCGAGCCGGCAGUAACGACUGUCAUCGACGAGGAGGAGAAGCAGCUGCUGCAGGCGGUGCUCGUAGCGGCCAAUGGAAGGUGGACGGAACGGCAAAGGCAACGGCUGCAGCAGCGCAGCUGACGGCAGAUGAGCGAUUUGACUCUGACCUGGACACGGAAAACGCUGGACGGAAGACGAUUACGACGGCGCAACCAGAUGGCAACAAUAUAAUAAACACAUACACGCAAAUACACAAACACACACACACAUACAUGCAUAGAUGUAUAGAUGAUGUUGAAUGUGGGCCUAACGGAUCAUUGAGCAGCACCAAAGAUCCUGUCAAUAGAGAUUUAGAAGUUGUUAUUGUGUAAUGUUUAAGUAUAAGUUGAAUUUGACUUCGAUUAAUUAUUGAAAUAUUUAACUCCGCACACACACACACACCUAUAUACAACAUAACAAGUUUCGUUGUUGUUGGAUUAGUAAUUAGUAGCGUAAUGUACAGUCAUAAACAAAAAACAAAAAAAAAAGAAAACAACUUUUGUAAACUCUUGAAGAAAAA